AAAACUAUACAAAAUUACACUUUAUAAGUGAUAUUAAUGUGUAGUUGGAGAUGGAAGCUAAAAACAAUAAAAUAAACACAACCUCAGUCUGAGAAGGACCUGGAUUACACAUGCGCAUUUUUAUUGCAUCAAUUAGGAAGUUUUGGGGGCCAAACUUGAUCAGCAUACAGCAGGUCUGAUGCCUCCUGGUUAUUGUUGGCUGCUGUCCGCGUCGCUCCGCCCCUCCGCGUUGGUCCAGCGGGAUGGGGGCAGCUGGUCUGUUCCUGCCGAUCAGCAGGAUUUCUUAUCAGCGUGACGGAGGAAGCAACAAGCCGGCAGGAGGGAGGGGGGGCUUAGGCAGAACUCCACUUUAGAGACGCAUCCAUCCAGACGCAGCAAAGGACACGGACGCACCGGAGGGCACGGGGUGGCCGCACCAUGUCCUUGAGCCCAAAGAACUCCACUCCCUUCUCUGUUACAGACAUCUUGAGCCCGAUGGAGGACAGUUACCGCAGGUUCGGAGGGAUGGACCCCACGGCGGGGGCCCUGGGAGCGCCGCUGGGCGCCUACAGGCAGCCACAGGUCUCCCAGCAGCAGCAGCAGCAUCAGCAGUCUCAUCUGCAUCACCACCAUCACCUGUCCUCCUCCUCAUCCUCCUGCUCCUCCUCAGCGGCUCUGGGUCCGGGCGCGCCCUAUCACAUGCCCCACGGGGUACCCCAGUUCUCCGGGGCGGUCAGCGGUUUCUGCAACGGGGGCAUCAGCAAUGUGGGGGACCUGCCGACAUACCAGGAGACGGUGAGGAGUGGAGGGGCGACGACUGCGUGGUACAGCAACCCAGAGCCCAGAUACCCGACAAUUUCCAGGUAUAUGGGCGCCUCCGCCGGGAUGAAUAUGUCCGGGAUGGUGGGCGGCCUGGCCGGGAUGGACUCCAGCGCCAAAUCCGUGGUGACCCUCCACGCAGCGCCGCGCCGGAAGCGGCGCGUGCUCUUCUCGCAGGCGCAGGUGUACGAACUAGAGCGCCGCUUCAAGCAGCAGAAGUACCUUUCCGCCCCGGAGAGGGAACACCUGGCCGGGCUGAUCCACCUCACCCCGAACCAGGUGAAGAUCUGGUUUCAGAACCACCGGUAUAAGCUGAAGCGGCAGGCCAAGGAUAAGGCCGCGCAGCAGCCGCAGCACGACAGCGGCGGAGGAGCUGCGAGCGCGACUACCGGACGCUCUUCCUCCGUUUCUCCCGUGCUGUCUAAAAACGCCAAAGGAUCCCGGACUGAUUCAUGCGGCUCCAACAACACCGGGAACCGACAGGGCGGGUCAGGCGACGCCAUGACGGCGACCCCGCAGCAGGUGAACCAUCUGUCCUCCACAGAGGAGCUGGAGGACUUGUCUCCGAGUCCGCCGAUGGGACUACACGAUCAGAUCCAAAUGUCGCAGACGGACGCGGCCCUCAUGGAUUACACCAACAGCGUCAUCGGCUCCAAUUUACUAUACGGAAGAACUUGGUAGCGAGAAACACAAUCCGUGACCCGCAGGGCAUCAGUGGAAGGACCAUGUUUUUAUAUAGACAAAAACGGCACAUGCGCAAAAAGCCCUUUUAUUGUUUUUACGCACACUGGAUUUAAACUAAAGGCUGUUUUUAAGUGCAAAAAACUGAAGAACUCAGUCUGAAUGAUUUUGAUGUAUUUUAUUCUGGUUUUAAAUUUACUAUUUUUUUUGUUUGUUUUUGUUUUAAUGACUGUCGUUUGAAAAUGAAUGAAACAGAAGCCCUACGUCUAAAACAGGCACGUGCUUCCUUCAAUUCUGAUGAAAUUAUUGCAGAUUUAAAAGGAAUCCAGUUGCUGAAAAAUGUGAAAAUCAUUGGUUUAAAAAAAUGAAUCUCAACUCCAGCUGUUUUGUUUUCAUUUAUAAAUCAGAUUUUUUUUUUAACAUUUAUUUUCCCACAUUUAGGCUCAAGUUAAGUUCUGCUGAUCUGUGCUUUUAAAUGGACUGGAGCUUUAUUGCAAUAAUAAUUGUAAAUAAAAGGAAGUUUUGU